CUUUCGAUUUGUCGCCGAUAAAUUGCUACUAAUACAGUGUUUGAAUUGUUUAUAAAUAAAAUAAUAUUUUGAGAAAAUAAAUUUUCAACUAACAAAUGAGUACACCAGCGCCGCGACAUGUUAGCGACCUGUGGGGCUUUGGUACAGACUCAGAAGAAGAUGAUUUUAAUACGCCGCGACCACAAAAAAAGAAAAUACCAGGAAAGUCAUUGGAAGCCAUAGACAACGCCAAUAAGGAAAAUGAGCACCUACAAUCAAAGACAGCACACGGCACAAGCCAAUUGGCAAAUGCAAGCGUACAAGCAGCGCCCAGCAAUGGCUUUGGAAUGCCCAGGCGGCGUUCGCAGAUGACUCUAAUAGACUCGGAUAGCGAGGAAGAGGAUGCUAGAAGCAGUCACAAUUUGAACUGUGCCAUUCUUAACGAUUCUUUCGUGCUAAGUCCUAUGCACGACAUUACGGGCAGCACCACCAACAGUUUGCCUGCAGCAUCACUUAAGCCGAGCGAGUCCAAUUUGUCGCUACUGAGUCGCUUUGGCAAAAUGGGCAUCGAUUGCAGCAGCAACAGCACAGCCGUAUCCACUAACAUAUCGCCACCAAAGCAAACAAAUCAAAAGCCAGCAACUACCAAUAAACAAGCUCCAGCAAGCUUGCAUGCCUUGGCUAAGAAACGCGAAUCGCUUGACAGCGAAACGCCGCUGAGACCAGCUAAAGUGGCAGCUUUCAAGUCCCAAGCCAAGCCCGAAAUAGAUUUCAUUACGCCACAAGUGCAGAGUCUACGAACCGACGGAGGCACCAACAAGCUGCGCAAUGACCCAGCAAAUGAGUUUCGUUCACAGAAGGUGCUUUUCCAGACCCCAAUGACGGUGAGUCGCGGCGCGCCGUUUAACAGCGAUAGCAUAUCGUUUUCGCUUUGUGACACCAUCAACGAAAGUCCCGAUACACCAGCUCAGCCGACGCCAAAGCCAGCGCUGCCGAGCGGCAAGACAAAAAAGUCCCUAGAAGGUGCUUUUCAGCAGGUGCUUGAAGUGGACAAACCCGCAGCAGUUGCAGCGCCUGCAGCACCGAUGGCUGUGGUGGCAGCUAUGCCAGCUCCUGCAGCAGUACCAGGGUCCAAAGGCAACUCCAAUGUGCUGCAGAUAAAAAAUCAAGAAUAUCUUAUUCUAAAGAAGCUUGGUUGCGGUGGCUCCAGCUCUGUAUAUUUGGCAAAACGCAGAGAUACGGGCAAAGAAUUUGCUCUCAAAGUUGUUGAUCUGCAAGCUGAUCCACUUGUUGUCGAAGGCUAUUUGAAUGAAACCAAACUGCUGGAGAAACUGCAAGGCAACGAAUGUGUUGUAUCGUUAUACGAUUAUCAACUAUUGCGGCAGGAAUCCAAGCUGUAUAUGGUAAUGGAGAAAGGCGAUUGUGAUUUGAACAAAAUCUUGCAGGGCUUUACCACUAACCUGCCACUUUAUAAUCUGAUGAACAUACUCUAUCAAAUGCUGCAAGCUGUCAACUAUAUACAUCAGCAUGGCGUUAUACACUCGGAUCUAAAGCCAGCCAACUUUCUAAUGAUCAACGGUCGCCUGAAGCUAAUUGAUUUUGGCAUAGCCAGCAACAUUGCUGUGGACUCGACAAGUAUUAUAAAAUUCUCACAGGCGGGCACUUUCAAUUACAUUAGCCCCGAGGCGUUGACCGACAUUUCGACGGGCACAAGUCCCAUGCGUGGCGGUAAUCAGCCAAAAAUCAAGAUUUCUACCAAGUCUGAUGUCUGGUCGCUUGGCUGCAUAUUGUAUUUGCUAAUGUAUCAGAAGACGCCAUUUGGGCACAUACGGAAUAUAAAUGCCAAAAUGAAUGCGAUUGCCAAUCCGAGCAGCAGCAUUGAGUAUCCAGCUUUGCCCAUUUACUAUCCGCCCAUGUUGAUUCACAUGGUUAAGAAUUGUCUGCAGCUGAAUCAAAAGAAGCGUCCUUCCUGUGAGGAGCUCUUGCAGUAUCCUUUUCACAUGAUCAUACCGCUAAAGAAUCUGCAGCUGGCACCCAAAAGCGCUAGAGCGCAUUAAUUGCUAAACACAAUUUGUAAGAAAG